UCAUGUUUACGUACAUUUGGAUUCAGUUACUCUGGUUAAUUUGUGAAAGGGUGCUUCCGGUUUAAUCUUUGUUUGUAAAGGACUGUUAAAAGUCGUACAGAUUGACAUCUAUUUAAACAGGGGAUAAAUGUAAACCUUAACUGAAUGUAUUAUACCAUUUUUGACGCAUGAAUUUCAGUUUCUAUGGUUAUGGUGACGAUAAUUAUGAAAACUAGCUUUUCUUCAUGGAAUUUGAAAAAACGUGAUUAUAGUAGUUGAAAGUGAUAUGAUUUUGGAUCGUUUUUGGGGUUAAAGAGAAAUGAUGAUUUUCGGACUUCUGCUGGAAUUACUGUUGUUUGUUGGUGUUUAUCUUCAGAAAGGCGAUGCUGAUGACUGUAACGUAAUUUUCCAGUCCAAACUGAAUGCGACUAUGGAAUGUUUCAAAACUUAUCGCGAGUGUUUCUUUGAUAACCUACAAGCAAGAUUUCCUAAAUUGUACAAUAAAACUGGGUGGAAACGGGAACCACCUAGAGAUGAGGCAAUCAAACCGUCCUCCUUCUGUGAGCCGGACUCCAAAGGCGUCAACCAAUCAGGGCUGCACGUGUAUUGGAAGAUGCCAGACUCCUAUAAUGCUGGGGGUAUAGCUGGAUAUGAAUUUCACCUUGAACUAGAUCCUCCCAACUUCCGGUGCCUUGUGGUGAUUUUACAUGAAAAACCCACACAGUUUAAUAGACACUUUUCUCUGAACAUAACCAUGUUUCCUGUGAAAAGAAAUCAGAAUUACAUGAUCGUUCUACACAGUUUACCCAGAGCAAAUGAUUCUAUCUCAAGCCAUAAAAAGGUCACUUCUAUGAAUUGCAAACGAGGCUCAUCAUCGGCUGACUGGACUCCGGCUGAAUAUAAUGACUCAUAUAAGUGGCCUGAAAAAAUAUUAACUAUCUGGUUCCCACCACCACCGCUAGAAUUUAAUAUUACCAGAUUUCAGCUAGAUCUUUUACGAACAGAUAUUUUACUUACAGAUAGCAAACCAACAACCUUGACAUCAAAUACGACCGAGGUUUCUUUUGCAAACCAAGAACCGGGGAAUUACACGUUGUAUAUGAGACCGUAUAACGAACAUCCACAUGAUGAAGACCGCUGUGUGUGUAGGGAUGAUGAAAAUAUCUGUAAACCUUGCCAAUUAACUUAUUGGGAAAUUAUUAUUGGUAAAGUAUAAUUAUGCAUUAAGAAAAAUCACUU